AUGAGGAGGAAAGCGAGGGCCCUCAAUCCGCCGUUACAGCAGGCCGAGUUCGACGCGCUGCCGUAUUCAGUCCAGAGAAAGUACUUUUCAUCCCUGGAGCGCCUGCAGAUCCAGCAGCAGGCCGUCGAGGAGCCUACUUCUGGCCGCUCCUCUCGGGCCAGCUCGUCAACCCCAUUCCGCCCCUCGUUGACUUUGCCAUCCAGGCGUCGACUACGCAAGCCGGGGAAUGCCGUCCAGGACGACGACGACGACGACGACAACAACGACAACGACAACGACAUCUCGCAAGCCCAAGCUGAUUUCUUUCGCUCUUUGCCGGAAAAGCUGCGCAGACAGCACUUCUCGCCCGAGGAGCAGCUGCUUCUUCUGGGAAAGCACCACCACCACCACCACACAGGCCGGCCUGACGACGACCAAGCCUCCGAGCGCGCACAACAGCGCUUCGACGAUUUUAAAUUCGGCUUCUCCAACCCCGCCGACGACACGUCUGGUCGAGGACGCCAGCGAAGAAGAGUGUCCUCGGCAUCAUCGUCGGCCAGCCCUAGUCAAGCUUCCUCGUGCUUGCCCAUCACAAAAGAGAAGGACAGCAACAGGCUGCGCAGUCUGCUCCACCUCGAAACUAUGAACUCAUCGGUUUCCACAGCAAAUCCGUACAUGUACAAUCUCAGGCGGACCAUGUCUCUCACUAGUCCGCCUAUUCGUCGUCCGUGCUCGAAUGCCGUGCUCAUGGUAGACCCUCCUCUCUUCACCGUCGCAUCAAGCCCACGACAUGAGCGUGCACAUUCCGCGUCACUAUCAGGACGAAGAUCCUCGCACACGCCUACCGUGCCUGCAUUCGACCCCGAGGCCACGCACUACCAGGAUCCCGCGGCGAGGAAGAAGCUCCGCAUGUACCUGGCCUCCCCGCAGAAGUUCGACGAAGCCAUCGAGUUUGGCUUUCCCUCGACGGCUGGGAAUGACACAGUCACACCACAUUACCAACUCCCGCCCAUCGCUAGCCACGCUCGCAAGUUCAGUCGCGACAUGCACACCUUCCUAAAAGAUGGAAAGCUGUCAUUUCUCGAGGACACUGCCACCGAGAACCAAGGUCUUGACUCCGACGGGGAUUCCGUCGCUGAUUUGGAAUCGCCAACGACACCUUCAAGCACCGGUCUGUCCUUCCGCUUGCACUCCCGUCAUGUCUCACAGCCGAAUUCCUCUCUGGACUCUUCACACCUAUCAUCUAUGCAGCCAAUUGCCGGUCACUUGAAUCGAGAUAUGACGCUACGGAUGACGCUAACUCGCCCCGACCUGCGAGCAGACGACGAUCAACUGUACGGCUGGCAUUCUUCUGGCCCCAAGGCCGCCAAGGACGACCCGUUAGCGCUUGAAGAUCUACUCCUGACAGACGACAUGACCGGCACCAAGGGCGCCUUUUACAUCAAGCCCAAAGCGCGCGGAAACCUAGUUACGCGCCUUUUAAAGCGUGCCAGCUUGAAGAGCCGAUGA